GUAGUUGAGAAGCAACUGAGCAAGGCACUAGAGGAGUUUAGCUCUCGCCGGUAAAAUUCCCCAACUUGCUUCAACCCUUGUUCCCAAAAUCCAAGUUGAUAUUCCCCAAAUCCAUAGCCAACAGGGAAUCGCACGGCGACGAUCAAGUAGGAGAAGCGCGAUGCCGUUCGCCGGGACUCUCCCCUUGUCCGCCCUUCUCCUCCUCCUUGUCCUCUCGGCCGACGCGCAGCCGGUGGAAGGCCUCAUGCCGGCCGGCAACGCCACUGCGACGGAAGCGGCAGAGAUGUGCACCGUCUUCCACGGCGGGCUGGUGGACAAGGCGCCCGUCGCCUUGUUCCUCGACGAUGGCGUGCUGCUGCCCUCGGCGUCGGGCGCGGCGCCUUCACCGGCGCCAUGGCGGGCGCCUUCGCCGCCGCCGCCGCCGCCGCCGCCGCCGCCAAUACUGACGGACACGCGCGCGACUACGCCUGGUGCCGCGCCUGCGCAUAAAAAGGGCUUGAGCUGGCGAGCCAAGACAUGGGUCCUCGCCGUGGCGAUGUUGCUCGUCGUGUUCCUAUCGAGGCCCGAAGCGUCCCCAGCAUCGCGCAUCGACGGCAGUGGAGCCGAUUCGCCGCUCGACGGCAACGGCGGCGGCGGCGAGUUCUUCUACUGCGCCAUCUGCAUGGAGACGGUUGCCGACAUCCUCAAGUUCAGCGUCACCUCUUGCGGCCACGAAUUCUGCUUCACCUGCGUCGCCCAGUACGUCGCCGCGAAGCUGGGCGAGAACGCCGCGCGCGUAGACUGCCCCGAUCCUGGCUGCGGCGGCGCGGGCGCCGUCGAGCCGGAGAGCUGCCGCGGCAUCAUCUCCCCUGAUCUCCUCGACAAGUGGGGUUUCCUGCUCUGCGAGUCCGCGUUCGGUGCCGGUAAUAAGGUGUACUGCCCGUACAGGGAGUGCUCGGCGCCUCUUCUCGCAGAUGAUGGCGGGGAGGCGAUCGCGCAGGCGGAGUGCCCGCACUGCCACCGCCUCUUCUGCGGCCGCUGCGCCGUGCCGUGGCACGCCGGCGUCGAGUGCAGGGAGUUCCAGCAGCUCGGGCAGGACGAGCGCGGACGCGACGAUCUCUUGCUCCGCCGGCUCGCCGGCCGCCAGAGGUGGCAGCGCUGCCCCAAGUGCCACAUGUACGUGGAGAAAUCGGAAGGGUGCAAUUACAUCAAAUGCAGGUGUGGACACAGCUUCUGCUACAGGUGUGCAUCCAAGGUGUCCGCGCUAACUCAUUACUGCAACAAGUGCAAGCGGUAGCCAUCUGUUUGGUUUUGUUUGAUUCAGAUAGACCACAUUAGGGGGUGGACUAACGAGCUGCUCGGAUCGUUAAGGCUCGGCUCGUUAAGCCCGUUAAGAAUAACGAGCUGAAAUCAUUGUUCGGCUCGACUCGUUAUGUUCUUGCGAGUGCUCGCGAGCAGCUCGUUAAGGACCGUUAAGGAGGCAAUGGAAAACAAACAUGUGUGCAUUGCCUGGUGAGGAAGAGAGUAAGCAUAGGUUUUUAGAUCCUAAUGUAGGAGUUUCAAACAUGG